CUGUAUCCUCCUGCAAUGUCCCUUGACCCAGAGUGGCCUGUCCCCAUCCCUGUCCCCUGCCUGCUCUCACUGGAGCACUUCCCUCUUCCAGGCAAUGCGGUCGAGGAGAACCAGAAGGUGAAGACCCAGUGGCCACGGUCAGCAGAUGAACCAGGUGUCUACAUGGCCCAGACAGGGGACCCGGCGGCGGAGGAGUGGUCUCAGUGGAGCGUGUGCUCUCUGACGUGCGGGCAGGGCUCCCAGGUGCGGACGCGCUCCUGCGUGUCCUCCCCGUACGGGACGCUGUGCUCCGGGCUGCUCCGGGAGACGCGCGCCUGCAACAACACCGCCACCUGCCCAGUUCCCAGUGCGUGGCAGGAGUGGUCCCCGUGGAGCCUGUGCUCGGUGACCUGCGGGCGAGGGGCCAGGACCAGGACGCGGCCGUGCGUGGCCUCGCGGCGCGGAGGGAAGGCCUGCGAGGGCCCCGAGCUGCAGGCCAAGCCCUGCUAUAUCGCGAUCUGCCCGGUGGAAGGGCAGUGGCUGGAAUGGGGCGCCUGGAGCCGCUGCUCCGUCACCUGCGCCAACGGCACCCAGCAGCGCACGCGCAAGUGCAGCGUCUCGGCCCACGGCUGGGCCGAGUGCCGGGGGGCCCACGCCGACGCCCGGGAGUGCUCCAACCCCACCUGUCCCACAGACAGCAAGUGGGGUCCCUGGAACCACUGGAGCCUCUGCUCCAAGACCUGUGACACCGGCUGGCAGCGCCGCUUCCGCAUGUGCGAGGGCACGGGCGUGCAGGGCUACCCCUGCGAGGGCACCGGCGAGGAGGUGAAGCCCUGCAAUGAGAAGAAGUGCCCAGCCUACCACGAGAUGUGCAAGGACGAGUACGUCAUGCUGAUGACCUGGAAGAAAACGGCUGCCGGGGAGAUCAUCUACAACAAAUGCCCCCCCGAUGCCACAGGGACUGCCAGCCGCCGGUGCCUGCUGAGCCCCCACGGGGUGGCCUACUGGGGUGUGCCCAGCUUCGCCCGCUGCAUCUCCCACGAGUACCGAUACUUGCAUCUCUCACUGCGGGAGCACCUGGCCAAGGGGCAGCGGGUGCUGGCAGGGGAGGGGAUGUCGCAGGUGGUGCGGAGCCUCCUGGAGCUCAUGGCCCGCAAGACCUACUACAGCGGGGACCUGCUCUUCUCCGUGGAGAUCCUGCGCAACGUCACCGACACCUUCAAGAGGGCCACCUACACCCCGUCCUCCGAGGACGUGCAGCGCUUCUUCCAGGUGGUGAGCUACAUGGUGGACGCCGAGAACCGGGACAAGUGGGAGGAUGCCCAGCAGGUCUCUCCUGGCUCCGUGCACCUGAUGAAGGUGGUGGAGGACUUCAUCCACCUGGUCGGGGACGCGCUGAAGGCUUUCCAGAGCUCCCUCAUUGUCACGGACAACCUGGUGACCAGCAUCCAGCGGGAGCCCGUCUCUGCCGUGUCCAGCGACAUCAACUUCCCCAUGAAGGGGCGGCGGGGCAUGAAGGAUUGGGCCCGCAGCUCCGAGGACAAGCUCUUCAUCCCCAGGGAGGUGCUGAGCCUCGCCUCUGCCGAAGCGGACGAGUCGUCCCACUUUGUCAUCGGGGCGGUGCUGUACCGCACGCUGGGGCUCAUCCUGCCCCCCCCCAGGGCCCCCCUGGCCGUCACCUCCAAGGUGCUGACGGUGACGGUGCGCCCGCCGACCAGGCCCACGGAGCCCCUCGUGCUGGUGGAGCUCUCCCACAUCAUCAAUGGAACGUCCCACCCGCAGUGCGUCACCUGGGACUACUCGAGGACGGAUGCUGGCUUGGGAAACUGGGACACGGAGAGCUGCCAAACCCUGGAGACCCUCCCGGCACACACCAAAUGCCAGUGCCGCCAGCUCGCCACCUUCGCCGUCCUCGCCCAGCUGCCCAGAGACCUGGCCAUGGACCCCUCGGGCACCCCGUCAGUGCCACUGAUGAUCGGCUGUGCCGUGUCCUGCAUGGCCCUGCUGACCCUGCUGGUGAUCUACGCUGCCUUCUGGAGGUUCAUCAAGUCAGAGCGCUCCAUCAUCCUGCUCAACUUCUGCGUCUCCAUCCUGGCUUCCAACAUCCUCAUCCUCGUGGGCCAGUCCCAGAUGCUCAGCAAGGGCGUGUGCACCAUGACAGCCGCCUUCCUCCACUUCUUCUUCCUCUCGUCCUUCUGCUGGGUGCUGACGGAGGCCUGGCAGUCCUACCUGGCGGUGAUCGGCCGGAUCCGGACACGCCUGGUCAGGAAGCGCUUCCUGUGCUUGGGAUGGGGGUUGCCAGCCCUCGUGGUCGCGGUCUCCGUCGGCUUCACACGGACCAAAGGCUACGGGACGGCGACCUACUGCUGGCUCUCGCUGGAGGGCGGUUUGCUCUACGCCUUCGUGGGACCCGCUGCCGUCAUCGUGCUGGUGAACAUGCUGGUUGGCAUCAUCGUGUUCAACAAGCUCAUGUCCCGCGACGGCAUUUCAGAUAAGUCCAAAAAGCAGCGAGCUGGCUCGGAGCCCCCCCCGUGCGGGAGCCUGCUGCUGAAAUGCACCAAGUGCGGCGUGGUGUCCAGCGCGGCCAUGACCUCCGCCACCGCCAGCAGUGCCAUGGCAUCGCUGUGGAGCUCCUGCGUGGUCCUGCCUCUGCUGGCGCUGACCUGGAUGUCGGCCGUGCUCGCCAUGACCGACCGGCGCUCCAUCCUCUUCCAGGUCCUCUUCGCCGUCUUCAACUCCGUCCAGGGCUUCGUCAUCAUCACCGUGCACGGGUUCCUGCGCCGAGAGGUCCAGGACGUGGUGAAGUGUCAGAUGGGGGUGUGCAGGAGCGAGGAGAAUGAAAACUCGCCUGACUCCUGCAAAAACGGGCAGGUGCAGAUCCUGACAGAUUUUGAAAAGGACGUUGACCUGGCGUGUCAGACAGUGCUGUUCAAGGAGGUGAACACCUGCAACCCUGCCACCAUCACGGGCACGUUGUCCCGCAUCUCCCUGGACGGGGACGAAGACCCCAAGCUCAACACCACGUCGGAGGGUGGCCUGGGCUUCUCCAGCCUGCCAGGGAACAUCCCUCCCACCAGCAUCCUGGUCCAGGUCCCCAAGAUGACGCCCAACGUGGUGGCGGGCUUGGGCGAGCUCGGCGACCCGCCGGCACAGCAGCUCAGCCUGGACGCACCGGGUCCCGUCUACCUGUGCACGGAAAGCAGCCUGCGGCCCUUGGAAUAUGGCUGGAUCCGGGCCCCCGAGCCCCCCCGGGAGAGCGACUACAUGAUGCUGCCCCGCCGCACCGGCAGCCUCAAGCCCUUCCCGCGGGAUGAGGGGACCCUCGGUCCCGGCGCCGACGAGGGGGUGCCCGGCGGGACGGGGCGCCCGGCGGCCGAAGGUGACACCUACCCCGGCUUCGUGGCAGUGGACCACGUCAACGUGAACUUGAACCAGCCCUACGGGACGGUGAAGGCUCCCUACGGCCUCCAGUUCAAGCAGCAUCCCACCGUGCGGCAGAUCCUGGCCUCGGAGCUGUCGGAGCGCAGCCGCACCAUGCCCCGCACCGUCCCCGGCUCUGCCAUGAAAGUGGGGUCCCUGGAGAGGAAGAGGUUGCGGUACUCUGACCUGGACUUUGAGAAGGUGAUGCACACACGGAAGCGCCACUCUGAGCUCUACCACGAGCUCAACCAGAAGUUCCACACGCUGGACAGGUACCGGGCUCCGUCUGCCGGCUCCUCCAAGCGAGAAAAGCGGUGGAGCGUCUCGUCGGGCGGCGGGGAGAAGAGCACGGCCAACGACGUGACCAGCCCCGAGGAGCAGCGGCCGCAGGCCCCGGCCGCGCCGCCCAAGCCAUGGAGCACGUUCAAGGCGAUGACACUGGGCGCCCUGCCCAGUGCCCAGCGGGACCGGCUGGAGCUGUGCCGGGCAGACUGGGAGAGCCCCUGCGCCGGCCUGGACGCGGCCGACGGCGACUUCCAGACGGAGGUGUGAGCCCCGCGCCCAUCGCCGCCGCCCCCGGCCCGCGCGGGGCUGCAACGAGCCGAGAACGCUGGGUUUGCUCCGUCCUCCUCGGCGGCCGGGGGGGUCCCUGCCUGGCCGGAGCCGUGUCCCCCCCGGGCAGAGCCCGCGCUCCCCCCGGCGCAGCCGCCUCCCGCCCGUCCUCGCGCGGUUCCUCCUCCCGCCACCCCCCGGACGCGGGUGCGGAGGGGACCCGCGCACCCCCCCAUGCUCACCCACGAUCACGCCUGCACCCCCCCGGGGCAGGACCGGCCGUCGAGGCCCUUCAGACCUUCGUUCUUUUCUACCGGGAUGUUUCUUCACGCCGUGCACCGUGUGCACGCGAGCGGCCGCCCCCCACCCCACCCCGGGACCCCCCGGGGCCCCGGGGCCGUCCCCUCCCAGCCCUCCCCACCGUCCCCACCCCACGGGGCAGGUGCUGUCGUUGUUGGAAAUAAAAGUUCACUCUCUGUGGUGCCGUGGGGC